UAAUGACGUGUCAUAAGGGUAGAUUGGGUGCAUAUAGGAUUUUCCACCACGUUUAGUUUUCAUAGGAUAGGAUAGGAUUGAUUCGCUCGCUCCUAACAAACUCAACUCAACUCACGAUGAUGAUGUCUGGGAUUCAAGGCCAACCUCUCGAGGUUACUGUCGUUUCUUGCUCGAAAUUGAAAGACACUGAAUGGAUUUCAAGACAAGAUCCCUACGUUUGCAUCGAAUACGCUUCCACCAAGUUCCGAACAAGAACAUGCACUGACGGCGGAAAAAACCCUGUAUUUCAAGAGAAGUUCAUACUUCCCCUAAUUGAAGGCCUUCGUGAGAUCAAUGUUGUCGUUUGGAACAGCAAUACCGUCUCCUUCGAUGAUUUUAUCGGCACCGGAAAGGUUCAAUUACACAAAGUUCUCUCUCAAGGUUUUGAUGACUCUUCCUGGCCACUUCAAACUAAAACUGGCAGACACGCAGGCGAAGUAAAACUCAUACUGCAUUAUACCAAUGCCAAUGCCAAUGCCAAAGUGAAUCACCAGAAACCAGGCUCCUCAAGCCAUACUCCCUAUACAGCAAUGCCAACGCCGGCAGUCCCAUCAUAUAAUCACGUUCCUUCCUACUACCCACAACAACCACACUCUAAUUAUCACCAUCCAACAACACCUGCUGUCGCUUAUCCACAGCCACCACCUUACCCUGCUUCACAUAAUCCAUCUUCUUAUCCACCAUCCUCAACAUAUCCAUACCCUCAAUCAGUGUCAUCUCCCUAUCCACCACCCUCAUCAUCAUCACCAUACCCUUCAUCAGUGCCAUCUCCCUAUCCACCAACCUCAUCAUCAUCACCAUCACCGUACCCUCCUCCCCACUCUUAUCCGCCAUCUUCAGCUUAUCCACCACCAUCAUACCCUCCACCUGCAGGUUAUCCUCCAAACACUGGAUUCUACCCUCCACCACCAUAUUGACACAGAUAUGCUACUUUCGCUACCAAGGAACCACCGUGCUUUUGUACAUGAUUAGUUUGUACAAUCUUGCCCAGAUUUUGUUUCUUAUAUCUCUACAGUAGGAGCAUUUGUCGAAGUUUUUAUUUUCUAUGCGUCAUAAAGAUAGUUUUUAUUUUCUAGAUAUACUAUCUAUCAUUAUUUUUUUGGGUACAAAUCUAUCAUUCUAUUAUAACUAAGAUGUGGAUUAGUGGCAUCAUAUCAAUUGUUUAUUGCUUCUGAAAGUCAUUAUAUGCUCUCAGUUACAUUA